CUCGCGAUGACGCCCAGCCAACUGAGCCACAGCGGUCAGGGACCUGUGUAAGCCAGGGACUUUACUUUUCACCUCUGUACUGGGGUCUCACUAAGUCUUCGGUGUGAUCCCGCCCAGGCUCAGGGUACAGGACCCUGAGAGAAAGGUCACAGUGCAAAAGUCAAAAGGCAGUUGAUUGAACAAAUAUGCAAAAAAAACUCUGAGAAGAGGUCACUGGACUUCGGUUACCUUGGGGACUUCAGUCAGAGGGCCAAGAUUUGCGGGGACUCGCCGGAGGCCUCUUUCUAUCCCCCGCCCUCCCUUGGAUUUACCUACGCCUCCGUCUCCCUAGUGGUAGAAAGCGGAGGUCGACAGAGACGCGGACGCGGUUCCUAUGGAUACGACUUCCCAAGAGGCUUAGGAUGUUGUGAUCCUCUUAGCCAAUCAGAGAAGGAAAGCCACCUCACUGUGGGCCAAUAGACUGCGAGGCCAGGGCCCGCGACGGUUAAACGGGGCUGGCCACUGGGCCUGCAGGCCCUGUGACUUAGAGAGACCUCCGGGUCGGAGGGUGCAGCUCCGCGGCUGCGGCGCGAUCUGCAGGAGUCCUGCGGCGGGCCCCGCCAUGCCGACCCGGGUGGAAGACUACGAGGUGCUGCACACCAUAGGCACGGGCUCCUACGGCCGCUGCCAGAAGAUCCGGAGGAAGAGCGACGGCAAGGUAUUAGUUUGGAAAGAACUUGACUAUGGCUCCAUGACAGAAGCCGAGAAACAAAUGCUGGUUUCCGAAGUGAAUUUGCUUCGUGAACUGAAACAUCCAAACAUCGUCCGUUACUAUGACCGAAUCAUUGACCGAACCAACACAACACUGUACAUUGUGAUGGAAUAUUGUGAGGGAGGGGACCUGGCUAGUGUAAUUACAAAGGGAACCAAGGAGAGACAGUACUUAGAUGAGGAGUUUGUUCUUCGAGUGAUGACUCAGCUGACUCUGGCCCUGAAGGAAUGUCACAGACGAAGUGAUGGCGGUCACACCGUGCUACAUCGGGACCUGAAACCAGCCAAUGUCUUCCUGGACGGCAAGCAAAACGUUAAGCUGGGAGACUUUGGGCUAGCUAGAAUAUUGAACCAUGAUACGAGUUUUGCGAAAACGUUUGUUGGCACACCUUAUUACAUGUCUCCUGAACAGAUGAGUCGCAUGUCCUACAACGAGAAAUCGGACAUCUGGUCGCUGGGUUGUUUGCUGUACGAACUGUGCGCGCUAAUGCCUCCAUUUACAGCUUUCAACCAGAAAGAACUAGCUGGGAAGAUCCGAGAAGGCAAAUUCAGGCGAAUUCCCUAUCGUUACUCUGAUGAACUGAAUGACAUUAUUACAAGGAUGUUAAAUUUAAAGGAUUACCAUCGACCCUCUGUUGAAGAGAUUCUGGAGAGCCCUUUGAUAGCAGACUUGGUUGCAGAAGAACAGAGAAGGAAUCCCGAGAGAAGGGGGAGACGCCUGGGAGAACCCGAAAAGCUGCAGGAGUCCAGCCCUGUGUUCAGCGAGCUGAAGCUGAAGGAGGCACAGCUGCAGGAGCGGGAGCGAGCCCUCAAGGCCAGAGAGGAGCGGCUGGAGCAGAAGGAACGUGAGCUGUGUGUCCGGGAGAGGCUGGCGGAGGACAAAGUGGCGAGAGCGGAGAGCCUGCUGAAGAAUUACAGCCUGCUGAAGGAGCAGAGGCUCCUGUCCCUGGCGAGCGGGCCAGCACUUUUCGAUCUUCCAUCCUCGACAAUCAAGAAGAAAGUGCAUUUCGGUGGCGAGAGUAAGGAGAAUGUCUUGAGGGAUGGGAGUUCUGAGAGUCAGCUCACCUCCAAAGCCAAGUGCAAAGACCUGAAGAAAAGGCUGCACGCUGCCCAGCUGCGUGCGCAGGCCCUGUCGGACAUUGAAAAAAACUACCAGCUGAAGAGCAGGCAGAUUCUGGGCAUGCGCUAGCCCAGCGAGAGACACAGAGCUGUGUGUGGUGCUUAAUAUUGCCGACCCCUUGAAGAUGGAUAUUCAACUGCUGUAGCUCGAUACACCCGGGUUCCGUGAGCCAUGCCUUUUUGUACAGUGAGCAUGCUAGUUUGGAAUUGCCUUUGCCGUUCUUCAGCAGUAAUUGUACAAAAUGUUCAUGCCUUUAUUUUAUUUUAUUUUUUAAAGGAACACUUUAUAGAAAGAAUGACACUUUCUUGGUCGGGCUUUUAAUCCUGUGUGUGAUUACUACUGGAACAUGAGAUACUACAUUCUAAAUGUUGGGGAAAAUAACGCCAGGAAAAAAGUCUUUCCCUGGGAGUAGCAUUCACUGAGAAGUUUUAAAUGACCGAGUGGUGUGCUUGCAAUGGUCAUGUCCAGAUUUAAAGUUUAAAGUCUGAGGUUUUAAAUACUGUAGAGCUUAGAAAACCUAAAUGGAUUUGAACUGGUAGCUAAGGCAAUCGCAUCUUGCUUGUAGACAUUGCUGAUCGAUGUCCCAUUGCUCUGGAGUGCAAACCUGUCACCUUUUGUGAAAAUCCAUCCCUGUGAUGUCUGUGUUCUUUUUUUCCCCUUUUUAUUCUAUGUAUGUGCUGGCUGUCAUUUCCUCAUCUCUUUCUCACUAAAUAAAAGAACUCUCUAGUUUUCCU